CAGCUGCCAUAUUGCUUUCACCACUAACAUCGGUUAAAUAACUCCUGCUCGCUACUGUACCCCUGGAGAGAAGGUUAGCUAUCAGCUAGCCGCGUAACCUAGUUCAUAACAGCGUUACAUCACUUUGGGUCGUGUCCCACCUGGGAAACUGCGGCCUAGAGGAGCAAAAGCUUAGCAUUUUAAUGCGAUACUGUGACAUUACUACGACACAACAACAACAACACAAAAACAAAGGACAAACGCUGAGGUGACUUUGCACAUUUGUUUUUGUUUUCCGAAGGGGACUGGUUUCAUCGUGCCCUUAUUUUUAGCCAAAAAAGGAGUCAUGUCCUGUCCAUGCACUUCGGCUGCCAGGUUGUUCCUUAACACAGCCCACCGAGGAUUGUCCUGCUCCCGCAUCCAGUUGUUUUCUCUGAGUCGUCAUGGGUCUCGGGAAACUCACCUCUCUCCCCGGGUCAGGGUGAGGUCGUUCUCAGAGACUGCGGUCUGCUAUGCCGCUAAAGAUGGGACAACAAAGGACAGUGGAAGUGAUGGUGGAAAGAAAAGCGUCAGUGAGGGGAAAAGACUCUCUGGCUCUGGUGGUUCAGGAAAGGGAGGAAGCCAGCUACGCUGCCCUAAAUGUGGAGACCCCUGCACACAUGUGGAGACCUUUGUGUGUGAGUUACCUUCUUAAUAUCAGACAAGCAUU